GGCUCACCAUGAGCUGUGGGGCGAUAAGGGCAAGUGUGAGGACUAGAAUAUUAGAAUCCAGGUGCUUCUCGGGUCUCCAUCCUCCUCAAAAGCAUAGAAAUUUUAUGCAGACACAAAGAGAGAAGAGUUUUUACUCUUUCAUUCUUUGUUCCAUUUACAGUGGCUUCGGGAUCGCUUCCCACAGACCUUGAAGCCUAGAGUUCUGCAGAGAUUCCGGCUUCAGCUUUCCGUUACUGUUGGUGUGUUUCUUUUUAACUGUUUCAGAAAGGAAGAAGUGAUUUUGGUUUAACACAUCUCAUACAAUCGGCGGAAGGUUCUGAAAUUUCAUCGAAAUCUGUGAAGUCCGUUGAAAUUUGACUAGUUCUUCCACGAUGAAAAUUUAUCUUCUGGCUGGUGCGGGGUUUGUCCGGUCAAUUUAUCCAGGUUUGAAGAAAUGUAGUGUUUUUUGGAUCGUAGAACCGCUUUUGAUUUAAUUUUGUGUUGUGUGAUCGGAGUUGAGAUCUUAGAAUGUUCUUCGGUGUCUCAAAAUUAUUCUGGCGGGCUAAUUUUCGUCUCAAGAUUUUGAAAUUGGCUUACUGCUUCAAUUGCUGUGGUUUGGAGUUGGCAUUACGGCCACUCUAAGUAUAAGGUAUCGAGGUGGAGACAUAUGAGCGUUCUUGUAAUACUUGUCUGUCUGCUUUUUUCCACUGGAUUUAACAAGUGAUGGGGUGUUUGCAUUCCAAAGGAUGCAUUGGCCAUAUGCCUGAUUCACCGAGACAAGCAGUCAAAUCAAAAGAUGGAUUGAAGGCAACAACGAUUGAAUCUGCUCAUUCUUUAGGUUCUUCAGGUGGGGAAGAUGGUGCUGAUGGAGGUCGGUUACAUGAGCUGGGUACUACUAGGGACUCUGAUGUGGGGAUAAAUCGGCUUUCGAGGGUUUCGUCACAAUUUCUUCCUCCUGAAGGGUCUAAGGCAGUCAGAGUUCCUCUAGGGAAUUAUGAGUUGCGGUAUUCAUUUCUUUCUCAAAGAGGGUUCUAUCCAGAGGCAUUGGAUAAACCAAAUCAAGAUAGUUUUUGCAUUCACACUCCAUUUGGUGCAAAUCCUGAUGAUCACUUCUUUGGUGUUUUUGAUGGACACGGAGAGUAUGGUGCUCAGUGCUCACAGUUUGUCAAACGGAGAUUAUGUGAAAAUUUGCUCAGGAACAGCCGGCUUCAAGUUGAUGUUAUUGAAGCAAUCUAUGCAGCAUUCUUGGCAACAAAUUCACAAUUGCAUGCUGAUGUGUUGGAUGAUAGCAUGAGUGGUACAACAGCUGUUACAAUUUUAGUUCGGGGCAGAACAAUUUAUGUUGCAAAUGCAGGAGAUUCUAGGGCAGUUAUUGCAGAGAGAAGAGGUAAAGAAAUAGUUGCCAUGGACCUCUCAAUUGAUCAGACUCCUUUUCGAAGUGAUGAGCUUGAGAGGGUUAAGCACUGUGGUGCAAGGGUUCUGACGUUGGAUCAGAUAGAAGGGCUGAAGGAUCCAGAUGUGAAGUGUUGGGGAACGGAAGAAGAUGAUGAUGGGGACCCCCCAAGAUUAUGGGUGCAAAGUGGAAUGUAUCCUGGCACAGCUUUCACAAGGAGUAUUGGAGAUUCCAUUGCUGAAUCUAUUGGUGUGGUUGCUUCCCCUGAGAUUUAUACUUUGGAGCUCACACAUAACCACCUUUUUUUUGUAAUUGCUAGCGAUGGAGUGUUUGAGUUUCUCUCCAGUCAAACUGUAGUUGAGAUGGUAGCAAAGUUUAAGGAUCCUCAUGAUGCAUGCGCCGCAAUUGUUGCUGAAUCAUAUCGACUUUGGCUACAAUAUGAAACACGUACUGAUGACAUUACAAUUAUAGUUGUGCAUAUUAAUGGGCUAAAUGAUGCUGAGGUUGUUCAAAAUGCACUUGAUGCACCUUCAAAACCUUUUCCGCAAGUUAUGGAAGAAACAGGAUCCAAAUCUCCCUUUCCUGUAACUUCAAAUUCCAAAAAUCAUCGUGUGAGGCAUGAGCUGUCUCGGACACGGUUGAAGGCAAUUGAGAGUUCCCUUGAGAAUGAUCAUGAUUGGUUUCCUCCUUCUUUAUCACAUAGGAGAACUUGGGAAGAAGAAGCGCACAUUGAAAGAGUUAUCCGUGAUCAUUUUCUUUUCAGAAGGCUAACUGACUCCCAAUUCCACGUUUUGCUGGAUUGUAUGAAAAGAGUGGAAGUUAAGCCUGGGGAUGUGGUCGUUGAAAAGGGUGGAGAGGGCGACUGCUUUUAUGUUGUUACAAAUGGCGAGUUUGAAGUCCUUGCUAAUCAGGACGAAGGGAUGGAGGUUGUCACCAAAGUUCUGCACCGAUAUACAGCUGAAAAGCUAUCAUCCUUUGGGGAGCUAGCUCUAAUGUACAACAAGCCGCUUCAGUCAUCUGUUCGUGCUGUAACUACUGGAACACUCUGGGCAUUAAAAAGGGAGGAUUUUCGAGGAAUUUUUACAUCUGAGUUUUCCAACCUAGCAUUGUUGAAGUUGCUCAGAUCAAUAGAGCCUUUUUCAAGGCUGACAAUCUUACAACUGAGUCAUAUUGCUGAGUCGCUUGUGGAAGUUUCUUUCUCCGAUGAGCAAAAAAUAAUUGAAAAGGGUAAGCCUUUGACUGGUCUAUACAUCAUUCAGAAAGGUGUUGUUAGACUAUCAUAUAUUGUAGACACCUCAAGUCCUGUUGCUUCCCCUCUUUUUUCCACUGAUUUGGAUCAGAGAACUGCAAUUCAAGACAAUAAUGAACAUGUAGUGGAGUUGACAGAGGGAAGUCACUUUGGAGAAUGGACACUUUUUGGGGAAUCUGUUGGCUCUUUGUCAGCGAGUUCUAUUGGUGAUGCGGUAUGCUUAAUUAUUACAAAGGAGAAAUUUGAUUCAGCUGUUGGUUUAGCUCCAAAAUUUCAUUAUGAAGAUCGAAAGAUGAAAUAUUCCUUAGGUUCUUCAAAGGAAAGCAUAGUAAAAAAUGAUGUUUCAACAUGCAAGAGAAUUAAGGCCUCUGAUCUGGAGUGGAAAAUGAACAUUAACGCAACUGAUUGCUGUGAGACAGGACUUGUCCUUUUGAAAGGCACUGAUACUGUUCGAACCUUGAAGAGGUUUUCUAAGAUAAAAAUUAAAGAUCUUGGAAAGGAAGAACAGGUGAUGAAGGAAAAGAAAAUAUUAAUGAGUCUAAAUGCCUCAGCUUCUAUGCCAACUGUACUAAGUACCUGUGCUGAUCAGUCACAUGUUGGAAUUUUGCUCGAUUGCUUCCUUGUGUGUACUUUGUCAUCUGUUCUCACCACACCAUUGGAUGAAACUUCUGCACGAUUCUGUGCUGCUUCUCUUGUUAUUGCUUUGGAGGAGCUACAUAAGAAUUCAGUUCUUCAAAGAGGAAUUUCACGAGAUGAUGUGAUGCUUGACCAAAAAGGACACCUGCAGUUGAUAGACUUUAGAUUUUCGAAGAAGUUAGGUGGAGAAAGAACCUUCACCAUAUGUGGGAUUGCAGAUUCUUUAGCCCCAGAGAUAAUCCUAGGGAAAGGGCAUGGAUUUGCUGCGGACUGGUGGGCUUUGGGGGUGCUAAUUUAUUUCUUGCUACAAGCUGAAAUGCCAUUUGGAUCUUGGAGGGAAAGUGAACUUGAGACAUUUGCAAAGAUUUCCAAAGGACAUUUUACUCUUCCCCAUACCUUCAGUAUUGAAGUUGUUGACCUUAUCACCAAGUUGCUGGAUGUCAACGAGGCUGCACGGCUCGGAAGUGAUGGCUCCAACUCCAUAAAAGCUCAUUCAUGGUUUAAUGGCAUUGACUGGAAAGAAGUUGUUGAUGGUACUUUUCCAGUUCCUCAGGAGAUCACUUCUCGUAUCAAUGCAUAUUUGGAAAAUCGUGUAGAUGAAGUCAAUGAGCCUGUCUGCUCUCCAUCUCAUGAACCUGUUCUUAACUCUCCAGAAUGGUUGGAAGAUUGGUAAAACUCUUCACCAGAUUUUUCGACUGCGUAGUUAUAAUCAUUUUUUAUGUAUCAGCCAGAUCCAGGAACAUUAACCAGUGAUUCCCCCAUGGCAAGCAUGAUAAAGGAAAAUGAAUCGGACAUAUUUAGCUUAUGUGGCAAUUUCUAUCGGAGACUGGCGGUUGGUAUGAGAAAUAAUGAAGCAUUGUAGCAGCUUGUUUAGAGGCAUAUGGAGGUCAAAAUGUCUAUAGAGCUUCAGAGAGAGUAUGGAUUUCUAUAUUUGAAUUAUUUUUAUAUAUGCUUGUUAUGUAUGCGUUGCAGAGGCAUGAUACAUUCUUUCUAUGUAUAUUUUCCUAUUUCAUAUCAAUAAUUCCUACAUAGAGAUGAGAUUUUAGUAUUGACUGCUGAUUCCCCCAUGUAUAUACACUCUUCAUUUUGAAUGAAUAGUGUUCUUCGUAUAAGCAGAAUGGAGUCUGUUUGCUAUGAAUGCCCCA